GGAAAACAUGAAUACUUUCUCUCAUGUACCCCCAGGCUUUCGGUUCCAUCCCACUGAUGAAGAACUCGUGGAUUACUAUCUUAGGAAAAAGAUAAACUCAAGAGCCAUUGAAUUAGAUGUCAUCAGAGAUGUGGAUCUUUACAAAAUUGAGCCAUGGGAUCUUCAAGAGCUGUGCAGGCUAGGUACAGAUGAGCAAAGUGAUUGGUAUUUUUUUAGUCAUAAAGAUAAGAAGUAUCCGACAGGUUCACGCACAAAUAGGGCUACUGCAGUUGGAUUUUGGAAAGCAACCGGAAGAGAUAAAGCUAUUUACUCAAAGCAUGACUUGGUUGGAAUGAGAAAGACGUUGGUCUAUUACAAAGGUCGUGCACCUAAUGGACUUAAAUCGGAUUGGAUCAUGCACGAAUAUCGCCUUGAAACAGAUGAACACGCAACCACAACACAGGAAGAAGGAUGGGUGGUAUGUAGGGUGUUUAAGAAAAGACUGCCCAUAAUAAGGAGGGCAAGUGAGCAUGAACUAACGUGGUAUGAUGAUCAACAAGUCUCGUUCAUGCCUGAAACAGAUUCACCGAUUAUUCAGAAUAAUAUUCGGUUCAACUCAUCAGGUAACAGUUCUAAUUACCAAAGCUACCCUUAUAGUUCUUGCAAGAGAGAAGAGCUAGAUCAUCAUCAGCUGCAAAAUUACCAAGUUACUACGCCACAUCACUAUCCUCAACUCCCUCUUCUUGAGAGUCCAAAACUUGUCCAAACCUGUAGUUCUUCCACGCCCGUUUACGGUAGUGUAAUAAACCAAGGAUCCAACCAUAUGCAGCCUUCCUUGGUCACACAAGACCAUAGCAACAACAAUAUUCAGAUACAUCAUCAAGGCCAGAGCUACUAUAACGAUCAAGUGACAGAUUGGCGCCUUCUUGACAAGUUUGUUGCCUCACAGUUACUAAACCAAGGGGAUGUUUCGAUCAAAGGAAAUGAUCAAUCCUAUGAUCCAAAUGCAGAAGAGCAAAUCGUAGUACCCGAAGAUGCAUCAAAUAUUUCCAUAUCCACUUGCCAGAUAGAUCUAUGGAAAUGAUGGAAAAGUGCCAGUUUUUUUCUAUGAAAUUAUUAACUCUUAUUUUUGUAAAUAAUGUGUUACAUAUGUACACUAAUUAACUGUUGUAACUAGAAAGCAUAUAGAUUAUUAUAUGCCCCUUGAUUAGCACUACUCUCUCAUAAUUUAUUUGAUGGAUCAAUUAUUGUAACUAAUUAAAACCAUCAAAUUAAAAUAGGUAUGGGGUGGUGCUAGCUAGCUGCUGUAUUUUAUGAUGACUUAAGCUUAAAGCAUUGUCUCUUACGUAUAAUAUGA